CAGGCACCGAACCGGUCUGCGCCUGCACCCCCACUUCUUCUCCUUCUUCUUCUUCUUUUCUAAUAUCCAGGGGUUUUUUUUCCCCUCUCCCCGCCUUAUCCGUUUCCGGCCCCCGGGGUUGCGCGGCCGGAAGUGUAGGCCCCAGGAGCCGCAGGGAGCCGCCAUCAUGGGGGAUAAAAUGGAUAUGUCUUUGGACGAUAUCAUUAAACUGAACCGAAGUCAGCGCGGCGGAGGCGGCCGGGCUGGUGGUGGCCGAGGACGGGGACGGGGAGCGGCAGGUCGUGGCGGCGGAGCUGGGCGAGGCGGAGCUGGGCGGGCAGGCGGCGGCGGCGGCCCCGUCCGGAACAGAGCCGCCUUGUCCCGAGGAGGCGGCAGGAACAGGCCCGCGCCUUACAGCCGGCCAAAGCAACUUCCUGAAAAGUGGCAACAUGAUCUGUUUGAUAGCGGCUUUGGUCCUGGAGCUGGUGUGGAGACCGGCGGAAAGCUGCUCGUCUCCAAUCUGGAUUUCGGUGUGUCGGAUGCAGAUAUACAGGAGCUUUUUGCAGAGUUUGGAACACUGAAGAAGGCAGCUGUGCAUUAUGACCGAUCUGGACGUAGUCUAGGUACCGCAGAUGUGCAUUUUGAGAGAAAGGCAGAUGCUCUGAAGGCUAUGAAACAAUACAAUGGAGUUCCUCUGGAUGGACGUCCCAUGAACAUCCAGCUGGUUACAUCACAAAUAGAUACACAGAGGAGACCAAUACAGAGUAUAAACAGAGGAGGCAUGACCAGAAACCGUGGUGGUACAGGAGGUUUUGGUGGUGGCAACAGGCGAGGCAGCCGUGGUAGCAGAGGCAGAGGCAGAGGUGCUGGCAGGAGUUCUAAACAGCAGCUUUCUGCAGAAGAAUUGGAUGCACAGUUGGAUGCUUAUAAUGCCAGGAUGGACACCAGUUAAAGCUGUUGGCGCAUCGUGUGCAUGGGAAGGACUGCAGACAUCUCAUUCCAUGCUCCCCAGUGGGAGGGGAAGAGUGUAUGGCGGCGGCUACUAAUAUCAAGAAUGGAAUUUGUUUUACUUUAUGUUUUGGAAUAGGUUUUAAACUCAUGUAAAGGUUUCUUUCUUUUUUUUAAAUUCUGAAAAAGAUCUGUUUUGUACUGAGUUAUUUUUGGGAAAAAUUUUACUGGUUGCCUGUUGGGCCAAGAUGGCUUUUUCAUCUUGGCAAUAAUAAACUAGAAAUGUGUCUAGAGCUGUAAAUGUCUGCUUCCUGUUAAACCUGGAGCCUGGCUUUGGGGCUGCAGAAGCCAAGAUAGGUAAAGGAGCAGUCUGCCUGCAGGCUCAUAACAAAAGAGUUGGUGCUGAUUGCCCUUCCCAUGGGAAUGGAUUCUGUUUUCUCAGGUCUCUCUCCACUCUCCUCCAGUAUAACUGUAUAUCCCCCAUUUCCUGUGUGUUGACUCUUUUCCCUUUGUUUAUCUUAAAGCCAACCAGUGUGACUGCUUUUGUAGGGAGGUGGUAGCCUCCAGUGAAAUAGCUCCACCGUGAUAGUCAUGAAGGGGGAGUAAAAUUCUUGUUAAAAGUCGUUUUUUGUAUUUAAACAUAUGAUUCCAAAGUUCAGUACUGGUCCCACCUCAGUAUUUUUACUGUAAAAUAGUUGCUAUGAAAAUUCAGUGACUCCAACAUGCCAAGUAAAGAUUUAGUCUUUCAA